UAAUAGCAUUCACAAACACGACAAACAGAAAAGAGGCUAUGGAUUAUACAGGCAACAAACUGAAGAAACAUAACUUAGAAGCUGAGAAACGACUCAAGAAGGUGGAACAAGAUUAUCUCCACACAAGCCAAAAGUACACAGAAUCAGAUUCACAGUUUCAGAGCCUAUACAAUGAGAGAAGGCGUGCCGACAGUCUCUGUUCCUCGGCUGAAGCUUUCACUGACUGGUGCAACAAUUUGGUAAAGAAACUACAUGAGGCUCUUGACAAGAUACCUACAACAGAAGAAACCAUUGAUCAUAGCCUACAAUUCUCGAUGUCCAACAGCGUUGAAAGCUUGGAAGUUGAACAAUGCCAGAAGCUGGACUGUGAAGCAAUACGUGAUUUCAGAGAAGUUAGCCGUGAGCUCUACUACAUUCAAAGAAAAAUGCCAAGGAGUGAGAGCAGAAGAUCUAUACAGGGUCUCCUAAAUGAGGUUAAAGAGAAGAACAAGUGUAAAGACAAAGCUGUUUUAACUUGUACACUGGUUUGUAACCCUACGAGUUGUGACAAUUUGAGAAAAUCUGUGGAGCUGGAAAUAAAAGUUCUAAAGAAGCUGAUCAGAGAGAUUCAAAAAGACUGGGAAGACAAACUGCAGAUUAGGCAAUGCGCAAGGGGUCUAUAUAGCGAUUCCAAACGAAAAGUGAAGCAUCUGCGGAACAAAAAGGACCACCUAUCUGGACAAUGGGACGAAGAAAAGAAACACAUGCUCGGGAAUAAGGAAAACCAUGAGAGGAGGAUAGGUACAUAUCCUGAGGCUGAAUAUAUCAAGAUGGUGAAUGAUAUAACUUACCAUGAUCGGAUGUAAUAUAUAAUUUCAUCUUCAUAGUUUCACUGCUGUGACUGUAGCUUGGUUUGAACAAAAAUAACUAACGUUCUUU